AUGGAUUCGCAGAGAAAGCAGUUUUAUUUGGGAGACGACGUGAUGCCGACCGUCUCAUCAGUAGAGAUAGUGAUCGACGAGUCCAGCGAUGGCUACACCCGUGCCGACGCCACAAUACCCGUGUCGGACACUGUCUUUGAUUACAAUGACUGCAAGAAGUAUUGCUUCUAUAAUAACGAGUGUCUCAACGGAGCCAUCACUCCGGAGUCGAAGAACUCAUCCAACGCUUCGCUCAUAUCGUCGAACAGUACCGCAAAAGAUAUGGACUUUACAACCCUCCAGACGAUCGUCGAGAGAGCCAUUCCUCCGAAGCCAGACUCACCCACAUCUUCGCCACCCUUUGGAAUCAGUAUUAACCGCGAGGAGGCUUUACUUUCGACGAGUGUCCAGAUCUUCAUCGCAUUCAUGAUCGCCGGCUUCGGGAACGUUGGCGCCGGUCUUAUACUGGAUAACGUCCAGCACUGGACUGUGUUCGUGUCGAUCACCGAGAUGUUUGUGUUGGUGCCCUCCCUGUUGGGCCUCAAGGGCAACCUCGAGAUGACAAUGGCUGCCCGCCUGUCCACUCACGCAAACUUAGGCAAUAUGCAGAACUGGAAGCAGACCCUGAAACUGGCCAAAGGCAACAUAGCUCUGGUCCAAUGCCAGGCCACUAUCGUCUCGUUUUUGGCCGCCAUUAUCGCUAUGAUCUGGAGUGCGUUCGGGAACGGUAUCGUUCUGAGCAACUGUCUAACCCUAUUGGCCAGCAGUUUGAUUACGGCUAACGUGGCCUGUUUUGCGCUCGGUUCGUGUAUGAUAUGUAUAAUCGUGUUCUGCGAUAAGAUCCGAAUAGAUCCCGACAACAUCGCAACGCCUAUCGCCGCCAGUUUGGGAGACGUGACCACAGCCGCCCUAUUGGCCUGUUUCGCGCAACUCAUCCAUAACCACACGUCCGACGCCAACGCCACCCAAUUCCCGUACAUCGCUAUCUCUAUUAUACUGUUUUUUAUGGCACUUCUGCCGCUUUGGCUGUAUUUGGCCGCAAAGAACGAGUACACCAGAGAUGUGGUGACCAGUGGAUGGUAUCCUGUGAUCGCAGCGAUGAUGAUCUCAAGUUGUGGCGGAUUUAUACUCGACUACGGAGUUCUUGUCUAUAAGAGAAUCGCUUUAUUCCAACCCAUUAUCAAUGGUGUCGGAGGCAAUUUGGUGGCCGUUCACGCGAGCCGUAUAUCCACAUCACUGCACAGGUAUGGAAAGCCUGGCGUUUUGUUCCCGGGUUUCCAAGCGUUCACAUCACCCAUUCAGGCCUUCUUCACCAACAAAGACAUGAAUAUAAAGACAUCUCGAAUACUACUACUGAUGGCACUGCCGGCACACAUCCUCUACAUUGUGGUGAUCCGACUGAUCGACGGAAGCGAUAAAAUGCAAUUAACGACCCCUUUCUUCGUGUUCUAUCUGUUCUUUGCGUUACUCCAGGUAUCGCUAUUGCUAUAUAUGGCGUACAAUUUGGUUCAUAUCCUAUGGCUAAAAGAGAUCGAUCCCGACUCGUAUGCAAUUCCUCUGUUGACAUCAUCGGGUGAUUUCUUGGGCUCUGCUUUUCUACUAAUAGUUUUCCGCAUAUUGUCUCUCAUAGGAGACCCGAACUCUGUUAAGACAGUCAACGGCUAGACUUUUUCGCGAUAACUUUUGGGGCGCUUUUCAUAUAUAUUUUAAUCGAUAUAUUGUUUUCGCUUUUAGUUUUGUUUAGUUUUGAAUCUCUUUCGUAUGAAUUUUAACACAAAAAACAAGUAAAAAUCCUCUAUUUUGAUCGAU